CCCUCAACAAUGGCACGUUGUCAGCUGUAUAUUGUGGUUUUCCUUAUGGCCAUUUCCCUUUUGAAUAGCCAGGCAGUAGAAGGUUCGCUUCCUAGGAUUCUGGGAUUCUUCCUUCGCUGUACCAACGAUGAAAUGGGCUCACUUUGCACGGCCUGUGAGAGGACCUGUGGUCAAAAGGAAUCCGUAAACUGUGUGUUGAGCUGCAACGUAGGAUGUAUUUGCCAGACAGGAUGGAUACGGAAGAAUAACGUGUGCGUUCCAGUGGCCCAAUGCGACGAGAAGGACUUAAACUAAUGGGUUAAGUCAACAGGUUUUUCGUCUUAAUUAUGUGGAGUUAAGAUUAAAAACUCAAUUAGAACAUUCUAA